GUCGUGUGCGCGGGGAACGCGCGGGUCCGCCCGGCGGGCGCGAGUCCCUCCUAUGGCCGGCAGCCGGUGGGCGGCUCGCCGCCGGCCGGACCCAGAACUUGGACGCGGAGGAGGCGGCGCGUCAGCGGCGGCGGCGGUCGCCGAACAGCACCAACAGCGGCAUCAGCGGCCGCAGCAGCAGAACCCGGUCGGCGUAGUCGCCGCUGAGCAGCAAGCUCAGCAGCAGCAGUCGUCGUCGUCGUCCAAGCCGCAGUCGCUGGUGUCGGGCCGCGUGUCCCGGCCGCACGCACGCAGCGACGCACGCCGUCGCCGCCACCAGAUUCUGGUGCACAACUUCCUCGAGAGGCCGCGCGGAUGGAGGGCUGCCCUCUACCACAUCGCCGUAUUUUUAAUGGUUUUCACGUGUCUGGUGCUAAGUGUUUUUUCAACAAUCAAAGACUUCGAAGAAUUAGCCGGUGCCAUACUGCUGCGAAUGGAGAUCGUGAUGGUCAUCUGGUUCACCAUCGAGUUUUUCUGCCGGCUGUGGUCGGCAGGCUGCCGGUCAAGGUACCAAGGGUGGAUGGGAAGGCUACGCUUUCUCCGAAGCCCCUUUUGUGUGAUAGACGUGAUUGUGAUCGUUGCGUCAGUGGUUGUCCUGGCUAUGGGCAGCAGCGGCCAGAUGUUCGCAGCAUCGGCGCUCCGAGGUCUCCGGUUCUUCCAGAUCCUCCGGAUGGUGCGCAUGGACAGGCGAGGGGGCACCUGGAAGUUGCUCGGCUCUGUCGUCUACGCGCACCGCCAGGAGCUCAUCACUACAUUGUACAUUGGAUUUCUAGGACUCAUCUUUUCUUCAUUUCUUGUAUUUCUCGCGGAGAAAGAUAUCAACCCUGUAAAGUUUGGCAAUUAUGCCGAUGCCCUUUGGUGGGGUGUGAUCACCCUCUGUACAGUAGGUUAUGGUGACACCGUGCCCGUCACGUGGCCCGGGAAGUUGAUUGCAUCUUUUUGUGCUCUCAUGGGAAUCUCCUUCUUUGCUCUCCCUGCCGGCAUCCUGGGGUCUGGAUUUGCGCUCAAAGUACAACAGCAGCAGCGACAAAAGCACAUGAUCCGACGGCGUGUGCCCGCUGCUACUCUAAUCCAGUGCCUGUGGAGGUGCUACGCCGCAGAUGAAAACUCCAUGUCCGUGGCAACGUGGAAGAUUCAUCAGGUCCCUCUGCCCAGUCCACCCACCUAUGCCUCAGGGUCAUUCACAAGCACAAAGCGCAGAGACAGACUGGACCUGCCAGCCCCAGGUGCUGGAAUUCUGUUCAAGCACAACACGUCUUUCGUGAGCAGGCUGUCCACGAUACGUCGGCACCGACAGCCCGCCACUCCGUCGCACUUGCAUUCCCCGAUGUCCCGGAGCCGUUACCAUUGCGACUCUAACGCCAGCCAGGACAAUGUAAUGCACUCGGGGAGGCUUCCGGCCAGCUUCAGCGAGGACAGCGUCGCCAGAGACAUCUCUGAUGCCUCAAAACGAAACUCGGACGAUUGCUGCGCCGAAGACGGGACCACUCCUUUUGGCCUCUGCGUGUUGCUGCAGAAAGAAUUCACCAACCCGCCGUUCCUAGCCCUGUCGCCUGGCUUUAGGUCGGCUCCAGAUACAGACGAAGAGCCCGAAGAACCAAGGCUUACAGUGCUCACGAAACAGCAUAAAAAUGCUAUUAGGUCGCUCAGAAAGAUUAAAUAUUUUGUAGCGCGGAGGAAAUUUAAGGAGGCCCUGAAGCCUUAUGAUGUGAAAGACGUCAUCGAACAAUACUCAGCAGGUCAUGUUGAUCUCCUUGGACGAACCAAGAAUAUCCAAUUCAGACUGGACCAAAUACUCGGAAAAGUUGGCUCCAAAGCAAAAGAUGUUUACGAAUCAAAGAUUAGCCUCGCGUCGAGGAUCGUGAAAGUUGAACGAGCAGUUGAGGACAUUGAGUCCAAGCUGGACCAGCUGAUGGAGAUGUACAUGGAGGACCGGGCGCGACUAUUCGCCGUGCCCGCCGUGCCUCCGCCCGGGCUCAGCCUGCGUCACCAGCCGCCGCCACCACCGCCACCGUCAGCGGCGCCGUCCAUAGCGCCCUCACCGCCGCCUCCGCCCCAGCCACCACCUCAGACUCAGCCGCAGCAACAGCCGGUGAGCGUGGCAGUUCCGACGAGAACCACCCUGCUGGACAAGCAGUGCAGCGAGCCCAACACGCCGGUCACCAAGACCUUCGAGCGGCCCACUGUCAUGCAGCGCGGGAACUCGGACCUUGGCACGCGACUGAGGCGCCGCGACCAGCAGAGACUCCAGGCCGCCGAGGCAACCAUGGAGGACCGGGGCGGGCCGACGGCGGCGGCCUCUUCGUCGAUGGCCAGCACAUCGGAGAGCGCGGCGGCCAGCGACGACGAGCCGAGCGGAGCCGAGGAGGAAGACGUGAGCGUGGUCACCGUGUCCGUCACGGAGACGGCCGCGCUCCUCAGGCCCACUCUGCACAAUUUCUCCUCCGCCUGAUUUCCAGGCCGGGACGUCGCGGGGCGAGGCCUCCACACAAGCGCGUCAUCGGCGGCACGCCCGAGCUGCGGCGGUCCGCCGGCGACCGGAGGCCGUCGCUCGCGCCGCCCGGCUACACAGACGGCCAUUAUGGUGACACGGCACCACAGACUGAUCAUGAUGACGAUGCUGCCUUUGCGUGCAUCCUAGCGCACGUUGUUGCCUGUUUCACGACGCGAUUUUACGGGAGGCCCGUGACAAAACGCGAUGUUUCGCAU